GCAAUUGCCAGGGAUGUAAACAGUUGCAAUGCCGUUAUUAAGGGACUAAGUGACAAUAUAUAUGAAUUGCGUGAGCUGACUGUGAUCGAGCUGAAAGUUGUUGAGUGAACCGCGGGAUGCGUCGUCGUAGGUGUGAAACCGCAGCGUAUCUUCCGGUUGAUUGGUGGCUUGCUGCUGUGCACUUGGCAACCGGAGGUUGUGUAUAGGCUACUAGAAAUACGGUGGGAAAGCGAGAGAAAAAACAAACCAAGAUUUGUAUAAAAUAUCCUUGCUAAAAUACAUUGUAAACGUUCUCAUCUGCUGGCGAACCUGCGGAUUACAUUCGCAAUUUAUGUGACGUUAUUUGUAGGGAUAAACAGACUGUCGCCAUGACAGCGGAGGAGACCAUUAACAUCAAAGAGGUGGAGGUGAUCAAGCUGAUGCUGGACUUCCUCAACUCCAGGAAGCUUCACAUCAGCAUGUUGUCUCUGGAGAAGGAGAGCGGUGUCAUUAAUGGUCUUUACUCUGAUGACAUGCUCUUCCUCAGGCAGCUGAUUCUAGAUGGCCAAUGGGAAGAGGUCCUACAAUUCAUUCAGCCUUUAGAAGGCAUGGAGAAGUUUGACAAAAAGAGGUUCCGCUACAUCGUCCUGAAACAGACAUUUCUGGAGGCCCUGUGUGUAAAUAACGCCAUGUCAGCUGCUGACGACCCUCAGAACCUGGAGCUGUCCAUGCAAGAGGCGGUCAGAUGUCUCCACAGCCUGGAGGGGUUCUGUCCCUCUAAAGAGGACUACAGUAAACUAUGCCUGCUCCUCACGCUGCCCUGCCUCACCCAACAUGCUGAGUUCAAGGACUGGAACCCCAGCACGGCCCGGGUGCACUGCUUCGAGGAGGCCUGCGCCAUGGUGGCCGAGUUCAUCCCUGCCGACAGGAAGCUGAGCGAGGCUGGGUUCAGGGCCAGCGGCAACCGCCUCUUCCAGCUGCUCAUCAAAGGAGUUUUGUACGAGUGCUGUGUGGAGUUCUGUCAGAGCAAAGCCACGGGGGAGGAGAUCACGGAGGACGAGGUGCUCUUGGGCGUGGACAUGCUGUGUGGCAAUGGCUGCGACGAACUCGACCUCUCCCUGCUUUCGUGGCUCCAGAACCUCUCGCCAGGCGCCUUCUCCUGCGCCUUUCAGCAGAAGACCCUGGCCAUCCACGUGGAUCGCCUGGUCAAGCCCACCAAGGCCGGCCACGCCGACCUGCUCACUCCCCUCAUCAGCCGGCUUUCCCCCUGUCCCUCCUCGCCCCUGCAGAGGCCCCAGUCGGCAGACACCUACAUGUCUCGGUCCCUGAACCCGGUGCUGGACGGGCUGUCCCAUGGCCUGGCGGCCCAGGCCCAGAACAAGAGGGGCACGGAGGGCAGCGUGAGACCGGCGCUCAGCCAAAGCAUGGUGGAGAAUAACGUGCACCAGCUGGACGACGACUCACCAGAAAGGAUCGCCCCACCGGUUCUGGUUCUGGCCUCCAGUGGACCAAAUGUCAACCCUCUGGGGGCGGACCACGACGGUGAGCAGAUCCAGGAGUACUACAGGCAGAAGAAGCGCGUUCAGCAGCACUUGGAGCAGAAGCAGCAGCAGAGACAGCUGUACCAGCAGAUGCUGCUGGAGGGAGGGGUUCACACACAGGAGGGGCCAGAUGCCCAGCAUAACCUCACUGAGAAGUUCCUCAACAGGUCAAUCCAGAAGCUGGAGGAGAUGAACGUGGGAAUGGACAAUGUGGGAGAGGGAGGGGUCCAGUCUGUGAGCCAGCAGUGUAACGGGACCCCUGGACCCAACUCUAGUACCCACACCCAAGAGACAGGCCGUCUCAGGGACAAGCCGGGGGGGGUCAGCAGCACCCCUCUUAUGGCAGGGUCUCAGGGCAUGCCCUCCUUCAACGAGUCCCCCGUCCAGAACACUCAGAGAAACACUCUGCUUCGGGAUGAUUCAGACGGCUCCCCGAUGCGCAACAAUUCUCAGAAGAUGGAGAAGUCCAAGGCCCAGUUUGUGGCAGUGAACAGUCUGGAGGACACGCAGGCGUUGCGCGCUGUGGCCUUUCACCCCACGGGGGCGCUGUACGCCGUGGGCUCCAACUCCAAAACCCUGCGCGUCUGUGCUUACCCAGACUCCCUCAACACAAGUGGGUCAGACCCAGUCAAGCAGCCGGUGGUGCGCUUCAGAAGGAACAAGCAUCACAAGGGUUCCAUCUACUGUGUGGCCUGGAGUCACUGUGGACAACUGCUGGCCACAGGCUCCAAUGAUAAAUAUGUCAAAGUGCUGCCCUUCAACGCAGAAACCUGCAAUGCCACAGGGCCAGACCUGGAGUUCAGUAUGCAUGACGGCACCAUCAGAGACCUGGCGUUCAUGGAGGGUCCUGAGAGUGGAGGGUCCAUCCUGAUCAGCGCCGGAGCCGGAGACUGUAACAUCUACACCACUGACUGCCAGAGAGGACAGGGGCUGCACGCUCUCAGUGGGCAUACAGGCCACAUCCUGUCUCUGUACACGUGGGGUGGCUGGAUGAUCGCCACAGGCUCCCAGGAUAAGACUGUCCGCUUCUGGGACCUGAGAGUCCCCAGCUGUGUGAGGGUGGUGGGGACAGCCCUGCAUGGCUCUGGCAGUGCAGUGGCCUCGGUAGCUGUUGACCCCAGCGCUCGUCUCUUGGCAACGGGACAAGAGGACUGCAGCUGCAUGCUCUAUGACAUCAGAGGAGGCCGGAUGGUGCAGACGUACCGCCCACACACCAGCGACCUGCGCUCUGUCCGUUUCUCUCCCGGGGCACACUAUCUGCUCACGGGUUCCUACGACAACAAAGUCAUCAUCACUGACCUGCAAGGUGACCUGACGAAGCAGCUUCCUCUGACGGUGGCGGCGGAGCACGGGGACAAGGUCAUCCAAUGUCGGUGGCACACGCACGACCUUUCCUUCCUGUCCUCCUCCGCAGACAGGACAGUCAAACUCUGGGCCCAGUGUCCAUGACACUGCUGGCUGGCACUGGGAACACUGGAAACCACAGCUCUUAAAUCUGGUGUUACUGGGAACACUGGCCACCACAACGAGCACAACACACAGUCCACAUCCUUGGACAUACCUGCCUCUAUACCCCUCCGCAAGGCUCUUAGAGGUGUGUGCUACAUGUAUAGUAAUGCUGUGUCAUUUAUUCUUUAGCAUCUAUGGCUCUUGCUAACAGUAGAGCUAUACAAAACCACCUUCAUUUGACUGUGAUGAUAUGGCGACACCUCUAUAGUCCUGUUGAAAAUAAUAUACUCAUCAAAUGCAUCAUAGUCUACACUCGCUUAAAGCACACCACAGUCCCUCCUGUUGUUUUCAUAUCGUCCAGUUUUUAGUUAGCUGUUCUGACGGAUGCAGAAUGCCUUAUUUAGUCCAUUCAAACCACAUUAUGUGAAUCAUAUGGUGCCUUGGGUAAAAGUUUUGAAUUUUGAAUGUGCGGUGUAAAUUUUCAGCUUCAAGAUGGAUGCAAGAAAGGAGGCCUUCAUAUCUAAAGCUUUAUCUUGACAUGUUCUUAUUUAAUAACAAGCUUGUAAAAUGUUUUAGAAUUAAAAUAAUCUUGACAUAAAUUGUUGUUGGUAGUACUUAUGUCACUUAUCAAAGAUCUCAAACUUGGCAAUACAUGGCGUUCUUGAAGUAUAAGAUAAUUGUAUCAUAUGUUGUUGGAGGAUUGUGUUUGGGAUUUCAUCUGCGUGUGGAUUUUUGUAAAUGAAUUGUAUAAAUAUUUAAUGGGGUAUCUUUUAUGUAAUAUUGUAACAAUUGUUAAUGACAUUUUAAUGAACAGUAUUUCAGUUGGGCUGAAGCUUGUUUGAAUGGUAAAUGAUAAAGAUGGACCUUUUAAUGGUUGUUUUUGGACAGCAAUUAUGACUGAUGGAAAAAAAACACUUGCCCAUCUGUGAAUGGGAAUAUAUGGAGCGAGGUUAGUGCUAUCGGAAAUUAAAUCCCCAUACAUUUUUUUGGUGGCACUAAUAUCAUCACACCAUGGGAAUAGGCAGAGGGUAGGUUUUAACUGUACUGUAAAAUGUGAAGCCUUUGCCUAGGCUAAAAGGUUUUUAUACACACGCAUAGAAAUACAUAUUAGUGGAAAUGAACUUUGUCAUGUAGCGUAUUAAAGAGAGUAUCAACACUGCACAUUUGGAGCACUUAGCUGUGUCAAAGUAGGACUGUGUGUCAGUUUCCCUGCACAAGUAUUUCAAGGGUAUAAUAGUUAGUGAUUUUUUUUUUUGUUGUACUUAAAAGAUAAAUUAAAUGCAACUACGACAUCAAAUUUUCUCUCUUGCAUUGAUUGCAGUUCAGUUAGUUCGUCACAUGACAUGUACACUGCCUUCAGAAAGUAUUCACACCCCUUGAAUAUGUUAUUUUUUUUUACACGUUUUGU